AUGUUCGAGAUCAAGCUAAACAAAGUCAACCUACUGAGGAGGGCUGUGUCACCGCUAGUGCACUUGGGGGUCAAAGCCGUAUUCAAUUGCUCAGUAGAUUGUUUCUGGCUGCAGACUUCAGAUGAAAAGGGCUGGGACGUUACAGCGAUCCAAAUCGGUUCUUCUUGUUUCCAUGGCUUUUCCUGUGAUUCAUAUUAUUGCUUGGUUGGUGUUAAUCUCAAUGAAUUGAACACUGUGCUGUCCACCAUUGGUGAUGAAGAUUCUCUCACUAUCACCUACAAUACUGAACAACAUUCCAAUUUCAUCUGUCUCACCUUUGAGGAUACUACUGGAUCUGGUUUUGAUGAGCGUUCAUACAUGGAGAUGAUGAUGUUUGAUAUCCCUUUAAACCAAGUGAUUGUGGAUAUAACAGAAUACGAAUUUGAAGUGGUUGUUGGGAUACCAUCAUGGAAGUUUAGAAAUAGCUUACGACUUCUGAGCAAUUAUGCCCAGUCAGGGCCAGGUCUGUAUUAUAGUUCAAUGCUGCAUGAUCUUCCAAUCGAAGUAUCUGUAACCGCUACACAAGUUAAACUUGAUAGACUUACUGAGGUUGUCUAUGAAAAGGAGCGCGGGGAGUGCAUCAUUGGAGGCGCUGGAGACAAUACGCUUCAUUUUGAUUUGAGUUUUGAUUGCAUACAGUCAUACUUGGAGGCAUCGAAUCUGUCAGACACAGUAUGGAUGUUCUGCUCCCACAAUGGGCCUGCAAUGCUGAAUAUUCCCAUUUGGCCGCUUGGUAACAUCGUCUACCGUUUUUGGGGAUGA